AUGCUGGCACCCCCCAAGAGAGCAGUGGAUGAUAUCAACGGCUCUACUGUACCAACACCACGGAGGAUAGCCACCCCGCCUCCGCCCUCAGAUCGUGGUCGGCUGGAGGCGAGGUCCAACGGCGACAACGGCAAUGCUAGGAGCACCCGCCAAGGCGCAAGGGCUGCAGGCAGCAGCGGUGUCGAUCCCGAGAUUCUGUCAAAAGCGCUAUCCAGGGAGAUCACAGCAGACAGGAGAGAUAGCACGCCUGGCGCAAGUCCUAGUAGGAAGCGCCAGAGGAUAAAUGGCGAUAGAUUCAUACCCUCGCGAUCAGGUCAGGACCUACAUGCCAGCUUCAGCCUGCUUCACGAGGAAGGCUCACCAGCCACCCCAUCAAGGCAGAAGAAGCGAACCCCCCAUGGCGAACUGCAUUUCCAAAGGACUGAGGAAGCCAAUCGCACAUUCUCAACCCUCUUACGGUCUGAGCUGUUCGAGAACACGAUACCGCAGGCAACGCCAUCGACGUUAUCCCCAGACGGAAAUGCCCCAGGCUCUAACCACUCUACUCGUGUUCAUGAUCCAACGAGGUCACAUACUCCACCUAACAACAACCCGCCCCCGUCACUUCCCUCAUCCUUUACGCCCUCGACGCCACACAAGAAUCUGUUCUCCUACAUGUCACCGCGCCACCACGCCAAUAUCGCAGGCCACCCGACGCCCUCCAGGACGCCUCAAAGCCGCCACGGCCCAAAUCUCGACACAAGAUCAGAAAUAUAUAGCUUAUCUCCAGUGCGCUUUGGUAGCCAGCAGAUGCUUCUGAGUCCCCGUCGCCAACCUAGAGCUGUGUCAAAAGUCCCGUACAAGGUCCUAGAUGCCCCUGAACUGGCAGACGACUUCUACCUGAACCUUGUCGAUUGGGGCAGUGCUAAUGUUUUGGGUGUUGGUCUCGGUUCCAGCGUGUACAUGUGGAACGCCCAGACAAGCAGAGUCAACAAACUUUGCACUCUCGAAGAUGAUACUGUAACAAGUGUAUCUUGGAUACAGAAGGGCACCCAUCUCGCCAUCGGCACUGGCAAAGGCUUAGUCCAGAUCUGGGAUGCCGAGAGAUCACGGCGGCUAAGAACCAUGACGGGCCACACUGCGCGUGUAGGGUCACUGGCAUGGAACACUCAUAUAUUGACAUCAGGCUCAAGGGAUCGCCUGAUCUAUCACCGAGAUGUUCGCGCUCCCGACCAAUGGAUGCGGAAGCUCGUCGGCCACAAGCAAGAGGUCUGUGGGCUGAAGUGGAACUGUGACGACGGGCAGCUUGCCAGUGGUGGCAACGAUAAUAAGUUGAUGGUCUGGGACAAGCUCUCCGAUACGCCACUCUGGAAGUUCUCCGACCACACAGCAGCUGUCAAGGCGAUAUCAUGGUCGCCACAUCAGAAAGGUCUUUUGGCUUCUGGCGGCGGAACUGCCGACAGGAGAAUUAUCUUCCAUGACACAGUACGUGGCACGGUAAUCAACGAAAUUGAUACCGGCAGUCAAGUCUGUAAUAUCGCCUGGUCCAAGAACUCCAACGAAAUCGUCUCGACGCACGGCUACAGCCAGAACCAGAUCGUCGUCUGGAAAUAUCCCUCCAUGACCCAGGUGGCCAGUCUGACGGGACAUACCUAUCGUGUGCUGUACCUUGCCAUGAGUCCAGAUGGUCGUACAAUCGUCACAGGUGCUGGCGAUGAGACACUGAGAUUCUGGACCACAUUUGGGCGGAGACCAGGCGCCCGCGAAGACUCCGAGGGUGGCGGGGGACGGCUUGCGGAGUGGAGCGUUAUUCGGUGA